GGCCGAUGGAAUGAGGCAGAAGCGCCGCCCUGGGAAUGUUGAGUGGAGGCUGCUUCCUAGUGACAGGAACAGUCCUGCACGUCGCGCUCUGUACUUGCCCUUUGCAGCACCAUGGCUGAGCAGAAGAAAGUCACAUACUAUACUUUAGAGGAAUUAAAGCAACACGACCACAGCAAGAGCACCUGGAUACUCAUCCACAACAAAGUCUACGAUGUCACCAAGUUCCUGGAAGAGCAUCCAGGUGGGGAAGAAGUGCUGAGAGAACAAGCUGGCGGAGAUGCAACAGAGACUUUUGAAGACAUUGGUCAUUCGACAGAUGCAAGAAACAUGUCUAAAGACUUUGUUAUAGGAGAACUUCACCCGGAUGAUCGAUCCAAAAUCCAGAAACCCACUGAAACCUUCAUUACUACUACUGAUUCAGAUUCCAGCUGGUGGAGCAAUUGGAUAAUCCCUGGAAUAUCAGCAAUGAUUGUAGCCUUGAUGUAUCGUCUCUACAUGGUGUCAGAAUAAAUAGAAUAUGGGAUCCACUGAAGAAACAGUUCUGCUCCAAAACUCUUUGAUUGCCUAUGAUCAUCAUUUUUCGAUGGCCAUAAUGGAGCUGUUGUGAAUUUGCAUCUGUUCUCCGAAUGCUUUUACUUACUUUUCAAGUUCCCUCAAUCUCAUCUGAUCAACCCUCUAUUUUUACCAUUGUGGUUGUCUGCAGCUGGUCCUGAAAGUAGAGAUGUAUGGUGCAUGUUUAAGAUAUUACUUUUGGGCAUUUUAGUUGGUACAGAAGUCGUAUGCAAUUUGACAACCUUAUGGUGUAAAUCUGUAUGUUGUUUUCUCUACAUUAUGUAUCUUGCGGAUCUUAGAUGACUACUCUGUAAACUGCAUUCUACACUUUACAGUCUAUAUAAAUAUAAGUUUAACAUAACUUUUCAAAAAUGUCCUUUGACUCUUAAAUGGUAUAUACAGACCUGUCUUGUAUUACCAAAAUGCUUAGAAAAUGUUGGAAGUAACUAAAUUAAUCCAUUUCUGUCAACCGAUCACUAAAUGCAAGCAAAGGGGUUUUUUUUAUUUGUUUUUUUUUUGGGGGACAAAAACACUAAAUUCACAACAAUAACGUAUUUUCCACUGAAAUAAUUAGAAAGUGAUUCUGGGGUAGCUGCUACUUUAGUUGGCCACAAAUCCAGUAUAUUUUAUUGUAUACAGUGUAGCAACCCUCAAAGAAUAUAAUUUGUUUUCCAUAGUAAACAAUAAAACCACCUUAAAACCACAAACUGGUGGGAAUACAACAGCUGCAGUGAAUUUACAUAAUUUGCGUCAUAAGUAAACCCCAAUUACACGUUCAUCUACAAUUACAAACAUUCCUUAAAUUUAUCUUCUUUCAUAAUACAGAUUAGUUUAAAAUAAAUACCUUUGUAACCCAAUAGCCUAAUACUGAAACAUGGUUCAAUAUAGUUACUAAAUGUUGUAAAUUCUAUCCAUAUCUCUCACAUAUCAACUCAUUACAAUGUUAUACACAUGAAAUGGAUUACAAAUGCUAGUGUUAUAGAUAUUUAAAGCA